UGUGGAACCUGACGCAGCAACAUGGAGCUGGUCCAGGACACCUCCCGCCCACCACUGGUGUAUGUGAAGGGGGUCCCGCUCGUCAAGUACUUUGCAGAGGGCCUGGGGUCGCUGGAGAGCUUCCAGGCCCAGCCUGAUGACCUGUUGAUCAGCACUUACCCAAAGGCAGGCACCACUUGGAUCAGCCACAUACUGGACAUGAUCUACCAGGGCGGCGACCUAGAGAAGUGUAACAGGGCCCCCAUCUUUAUUCGGGUGCCAUUCCUUGAGUUCUGUGCCCCAGGGGUUCCCUCAGGUAUGGAGACUCUGCAAGAUACACCAGCCCCACGGCUCAUCAAGACACACCUGCCCCUGGCCCUGCUCCCCCAGACUCUGUUGGAUCAGAAGGUCAAGGUGGUCUAUGUCGCCCGCAAUGCCAAGGAUGUGGCCGUCUCCUACUAUCAUUUCUACCGCAUGGCCAAGGUACACCCUGAGCCUGGCACCUGGGACAGCUUCCUGGAGAAGUUCAUGGCUGGAGAAGUGUCCCAUGGGUCCUGGUACCAGCACGUGCGGGAGUGGUGGGAGCUGAGUCGCACCCACCCUGUCCUCUACCUCUUCUAUGAGGACAUGAAGGAGAACCCCAAAAGGGAGAUUCUGAAGGUCUUGGAGUUUCUGGGGCGCUCCCUGCCAGAGGAGACCGUGGACCACAUCGUCCAGCACACGUCAUUCAAGGAGAUGAAGAAGAACCCUAUGUCUAACUAUGGCACCAUCCCCAUCAACCUCAUGGACCCCAACAUCUCCCCUUUCAUGAGGAAAGGUAUCACUGGAGACUGGAAAACCACCUUCACUGUGACCCAGAAUGAGCACUUCAACGCCGACUAUGCUGAGAAGAUGGCAGGCUGCGACCUCACCUUCCGCUCAUAGCUGUGGGGGGUGUUGCCUGGGAAGGUGUGGGGAGUGUUGCCUGGGAAGCCAAACCCUGAUUAUCCAAAGGGCAUGUGGGAAACAGGCCUGCUCCAUGGGCUUAAGAAUAAAAUG